UCAUCUUCUCCCCUCCAUUGUUGUGCUGGAGCCACCCAUUUGUUUCCUUAGCAUACCAUGUCUCCUCUCACACUAAGCUAGCCCACUUCCCCUCUAUCCUACUGUUAGGGUUUGCCCAAUCACCUUUAGUUUUCCCCUUAUCUGUCUCAUGACAUCCAUCUCCACUAGCUAUAGCUGAGCUUAGUGUCACUCUCUCUAGAUUUCUCUCUAUCUCUGUCCUGUUUGCAAAGCUGCUGUACUAGAGUUCACAUCCUCACUUAGCAGCUAAGGCAUGCCACAUAAAUUAUAAAGAGAGAGCACUUGCGAGAGGAAGAAAGUUGUGGUUUGGUUUUUGUCCCUCCUCUCUCACAGUCUUUCUUCUUGCUCCUACACUUGUCUUCCCAGCUUGGAACUCUCAGAAAGUAGUAUCCAAGGAGAAGAAAGGGGAGCUACUCAUCACCAUGGUUUUCUCGUCGUUCCCAAUCUUCCUUGACCCUCCAAACUGGAGCCAGAUGCAGCAGCAACCUCACCUGCAGUGUCUCAUGGGUGGAGGAGGAGGAGGAGGCGGCGGCGGCGGCAACGAUCACCAUCACCAGCAGCACCACCAACUGAUGCCUCCAUCGUCCGCUCAGCUGGCGCCGCUGCCAGGCGGCCCCGAGAACACUGAGUCGCCCGCCGCGGGUGGAUCGUCUUCGGCCUCUCUGCAGCUGGUUGUGUCGGGACAGCAGGGCGGUCCCGGUGAGCAGCCCCCUCGGCCGUCGGUGUCGAUGACAGAGCGCGCCCGGAUCGCCCGCGUGCCCCUGCCGGAGCCCGGCACGCUCCGGUGCCCGCGCUGCGACUCAGCCAACACCAAGUUCUGCUACUUCAACAACUACUCCCUCUCGCAGCCGCGCCACUUCUGCAAGGCGUGUCGCCGCUACUGGACCCGCGGCGGCGCGCUCCGCAACGUCCCUGUCGGCGGCGGCUGCCGCCGCAACACCAAGCGCUCCAGCAAGAAGCGGCAGGGCCAGGGUGGUGGAGGCGUUGUCGCGGCCGCCACCUCAUCGUCCUCCACCACCUCGACCUCUACCACCACUAGCGCCGCCGCGACGAACGCGGCCGACAUCAUCGCCAGCAUGCAGGCACUGCCGCACCACCUCGGCCUCCCGGCCGCGGCCGCGCUGGAAGCGUCACUGGAGGGGUACCACAGCCACCACCAACACCAGCACCAUAACCUGUCUUUUCUGCCGCCGCAGUUCCUGCAGCAAGGGCUGCACGGGUACCACUUCGCCGACGGCGACAUCGGAUCACAGCUGGCCGACGGGUUCCCGAGGGGCGUGGCAUCAGGGCUGCUUGCACAGCUCGCGUCGAUCAAGAUGGAGGAGCACAGCUCGGGCGCUGGCGGCGCUGGAGGCGGCUUCAUGGGAGGGCACGAGCAGUACUGGCCCGGAAGCGGCGGCGGCGGCGGGUGGCCGACGGAGUUCUUGUCCGGGUUCAGCUCCUCCUCGUCGGGGAAUGUUUUAUGAUCGUCGGGGAAUGAGCUGUGACCGUAGGGGAUGCAUUGGGUUAUGCAUGGAUGUGGAUGAUGAAAUAGGCCUUCCUGCCUUAGUUUCCAUAAAUUAGGGUUAUUAUAUGUGCUUUGGUGUUGUUCAAUUAGGGCGGCGUUUUCUUUUUUCCUUUAACAUGUUUUAUAUUUGAAUCUCGGGUUAUAAGUUAGUUAAGUGGUGUGUUAAUUUCCUACUACUUGGUAGGUUGGUGUAGUAGGAAAUUAUUGUGUGCAAGUGUUGUCAACUGCAUGCAAGGGUGAUAUGAGAUGUACCGUGUUAAGUUACUUAACCAUACUAUGUUUAAUUAUAUGAGGAUGGUAUGAAAGUUCCUAGUCUUGUAUUUUUGCA